CAGUAUUAGUCUGGGACUCUGGUACCAUACAUAAUACAUACCCACCUCGAAAACUUUCGGUGUGCAUAAAACAGAGGAAGAUUACCCAAUCCCCAUUUCCCCCUAUUUUCUCUCUCCUCAAAACCCACACUCUUUAUUAUCUUCUUCUUUAACCUCCGAUCAACUCAUUUUCAGUCAACCCCAUUUCCGAUUUCCAAUUCAUUAUCUAUUAUUUAGCAGUUAAUGGCUUCAGCUGUGUGUGAUUAUUCGUGUGCACCGCCUACUAAUAAUCAUCUGCAUAGCUCUAUCAAAACCAGUAAAACGGAGGAAAUCCCAAUCUCCUGUUCCUCGUCACAGAGUAAUAUUCCUGCUCCGCCUCCCUUACCUAGAUCGAUCAGUUCAAAAAGGAGUUAUCGAGGGAAUUCAGAGGAAUGUUGCUUCAUUCCAAAAGAAACAAGGGAUCAAUGGGACAAGCUCUUUGAAGGGGGUUAUGCUGCUGAUGUUUAUCUCAUUACUGAAGACAAUGCAAUUGUUCCUGCACAUUUCUGUGUUCUGAGUGUUGCAUCACCUGUUCUGGCGAAGUAUCUUGAGGAUUCCAAGCCUAAGAAUGGAAUUCGGUAUGUCAAGAUUCCCGGGGUGCCUCAUGGAGCUGUCUGUAAUUUUAUCCGUUUCUUGUACUCGUCUUGCUACGAAGAAGAAGAUCUAAAGAAUCAUGUUCUCCACUUGUUGGUUCUGUCACAUUCUUUUGUGGUUCCUUUAUUGAAACGAAUCUGUAUGAAGUAUCUAGAGAACUGCUGGGUGAACACAGAAAAUGUAAUAGAUGUGCUCCAAUUAGCAUGCAAGUGUGAUGCACCCAGGCUUACCUUGAUAUGUAUCAGAAUGGUCGUGAAACACUUUAAAACUGUUGCAUCCACCGAAGGAUGGAAGGUCAUGAGGCGUGUUAAUCCUGCACUUGAACAAGAGCUUUUGGAGUCUGUUGUCGAAGCAGAUUCUUGUUAUCAUGGUACUGAUUUAUGUUGGCAGAGGAAGCAAGAGAGGCAGCGUAAGAUGGAAGAGAAAAAGGUGUACUUGCAACUGCACAAGGCAAUUGAAGCCCUGAUUCAUAUAUGCAGGGAUGGUUGUAGCAGUAUCGGACCAAGAGACAAGAUGCUUAAAGGAAGUGAAGUUCCAUGCGGAUUCCCAGCUUGUAAGGGGAUUGAAAUGCUAGUACGCCAUUUUUUCAGUUGCAAGACUAGAGUUCCAGGCGGUUGUGCUCAAUGCAAGCGUAUGUGGCAACUUCUUGAACUUCAUUCACGCAUGUGUGACAUCCCUGAAUCUUGCAAUGUUCCGCUCUGUAGGCACUUCAAGGGAAAGGUGAGGCAACAGAGUAAGAAAGAAGAGGCAAAGUGGAAACUAUUGGUAAUAAAAGUGAUGGAAGCAAGGAAUUCAUCGAAUUUUUAUGCAGCUCGGUUCCCAGGUUCAUCUUGACCAUUUUAACAACCUCGGUGCAACCUUGGGAAGACAGCAUAUUUAUACGCCUCCUCGUAUUAAAAUAGUGAGGCAAUUUAAGCUAGAUAUUGGGACUUGAUGGAGUUAGAUAUUCCUCCAUACUGUAAGGGGUAUUCGAAUGUAAAUCUCGGCAAGAUGUAGAUACAAAUAAUACCUAGAUUUCGAUUAUUCCUCCUUGGAUGACAAACUUUGUUAAACCAUCAUGAAGAGGAAACAGCAAUUUGCUGUUCAAACCUGAUUUUGAUCAAGAA